AUGUGCAACCGAACCAUCAUUGCGGAGCUCCUGCUCGUGGUCGCCCUGGCGACUUCCGCCCUUGGUGCUGCGGGAGGCUGCUCGUGGCGUGCCAGCAGCAGCUGGUUCGGAGGAGAAAUCUGUGUCCUGCAGAAGGUUUACGACGAUUGUCAGGAGACAGCGGACUUUACCGAGUGUCUCAAGCAGAAAGCGCUGACCUCCAUCUCCCGAGCCAUCGAUUUGGAUUCCAUCCAACUGGUCGAAGGAGUGACCCUUGUCAAGCAGAAGAACGUGUCUGCUAAUGAAAAAUCUGAGAGCGCCAUCCUCGGACUGUCCGAUGCACGCUCGAUGGAAGGUCUCGGCGAAACGGAUAAGGCACUUGUGCAGAAGAUUGACAAGUUCCUCAAGACCCACACCAUCAGCUUCGAUCUGUCCGAAGCGCGAGGAAGUGGUAACAAGAAGAACGGCAGCCGCUAUGUCAUUGCUGCCCUCCUGACCGCCAUGGGUAUUGCUGGACCGAUCGGUCUGAAGACCCUCGGAGCCAUCGCAUUCAAGGCCCUGGUCAUCAGUAAGGUCGCCCUCACGAUCGCCAGUAUCAUGGCGCUCAAGAAGAUCUUCAAGGCUGACCAUCACGAGGAAACCAGCUUCCAGGUGCACACCGGCCAUGAUAACCGUCGGGCCACCUACUUUGUGCGUCCGGUACGGGCAAAUGAUCCCUACCGGUACUACUACGAACAACCAGCACACUAA